CGAACUCAAUCGGUUUCUCGACACAGAGACCGUGUGAGACGACAAACAAACAAACUAAAAGGAAACUGCUUGCUGUGAAGAGCCGCUACGAUCCGCGAAAAAGGUGGCAUGGAGGACCACGCUAGACGAGUUUCUGACGAGCUGCGGCACAAACACAUCCGCACGCUGGAGGUGCUCCGACAACUCAUCGACGAGAACAACGCGAUACGCAAGAAACUCAAAGUCUUUGAGGGAGAGAAGCGUGUGCCGGAUGGAGCAACCGACCUUCGCGAGAAGCGAAACGCGAACAACCAGAACGAAGAAGAGUUCAAGGUUACCGAUGGAGUAGACACAACAGCGAAUGUAGGAAUCGAACGGGCGAUGGCGCAGCUAGCACAGGCACAAGCCGAAACAACGAAGGCACGGGCUGCGGAAGAAGCCAGUGAGUUGACCUUGGGGGUUCUUCUAGCUCAAAACAAAGACCUCGAAACGUCUCGUGCAGCUGUCGAGAGGAGAUGUCAAGAGCAAGUGGAACGCUUCGAAGCAGAAAUGGCCCAGCUUAAACAGCAGUUUGCAUCGACGAUUGCUGAAGCUCAGGCAGCGCAGGAAAGGGCGAAGCUGGAUGUGUCUCGCCUGGAGUCGGAGGUGGAAGAACUACGGCACAACACCAGCCAGGCCGCGCUCAGUCGCCUGGGGACGGCUUGGAUGGACGACGGGGAUGACGAUGAGAGCGUUCUCUCGCAAAGGGAGGUCGUGAACCUGCAGCGGUGCCUCCGUGCAGUAUCGCGGAGAGAGUCAACGGCGAAGCGGAGAUGCCUUGACCUUGAGAGACAGGCCAAAAGCGAAGUCCUCCGAAGGGAGGGCGUCGAGCGGGAGCUCCGUGCGCUCCGAGCGGUCGCAGAUAAUUUUGCCGCGCCCAACGGGGGGCCUCAAAUCGAGCCAUUCCAGAGGGUUCCUCCUUUGCCGGCCGUGCCGAAUCGGAACAGGCGCUCGAAUGGCGGAAACACCGUUCGCAAGGGCCAUAGUGGUGCCCCGACAAUACUGGCGGAUCCCCCUCCAGAGUUGACCUGCGAAAAGGUGGCGGAGCCGCAGCCCGUUGUCGCGCUUCCGCUCGCGUGUCCCGGCGGGAGCGACAUCGACGAUGACGGUUCGGUUGCCUCUCUAGACGGCGGACCGAGGAAGAAUGCGGCGACGGUUGUCGACGUGGAAGACGAAUCGAACCUCGGGUCGGGGAUACGGCGGCUGAGAGAGAGCGAGAAGAUUCUACGCGAGAGCAACGCCAAACUUCAGAGAGAGCUGAGGCAGACCGCGAAACGGCUGGAGAAAGCAGUGGCGUUUGCCUCAGACGUGGAGGCGGAGCUCCAGAAGGUGGCCGGGGAUGGAGUGACGUUCGAGACUUUCGUGGUCCUGAAGCGAGACAAUCAAGCUCUCAAGACGCAGCUCGCAGAGAUAAAGCAGGCAAGGAAGACUUUGUUGGCGCGGUCAUUGUCACAUCCAGGCCAUCAAGACGUGUCGUUAGCAGAACGAAGCCAUCAAAGACGCGUCUAG